AUGUCUAAGCUGAUAGUACGACCAGUUGAAAAUGCGAGUAAUUUUGCCAAAGCACUUGUGGAAAGUAAGAAACCAUUGGUGGCAGAUCACGGCCAACUGGCGCGUGAUCUCAAUUACGGAAAGUACGGUACCACGAUGAUCAAGCCUAAUCCAUACAAGAGAGUUAUAUCACCUGAACAUCAUAAGUUGAGAGGAGUCCUUGGAAGCGUGCGAAUGUACCAGAUCAUUAACAAAUUGGAAAGUCCAUAUGCAAAAGUUUACAAAUGCCCUUAUUUCUCUUUGCACUUCUAUCCACCAGGGCAUUUCAUGGGGCUAGCUAGGAAAAGUUCACCGGCGGUGCACAUACACUAUCGACAAAACUAUUUAUUAAAUGGGAAUUUACCAGGUGGAAAAUCUCUUGAGGACAACCUUAAGUUUUUAAGGUCCAAGUCUUUUGGUAGGAUUUCGAAUAAUUGGAACAAAGUACUCGGUAAUUCCAAUUCAUUAAUACCUAGACAAUGGGCAUACUUUCGAGUCGCUGUGAGAAAGCUACUGCGACCCGUGUUUUAUGAAUCAUGGAAUCAAUACAAUGCCCCGGACGGGCUAUAUUUGUAUAAGAUUGAGAUUUUCUCCGAUAAAGAGAACGAACAAGAUUACAAAGAACAUAUCGAGAAAAGCGUCAAAGAAGUUUCUAAAUUGGAUUUGAAUAAAUUUGUUUUAGGAAAAGAUGGUGAAAACUGGAUUGAAGAGGCAAAUAGCCGUGUAAAGAUUAAUACCGUGAAUAAUCUUCUACGUUCUGAAAUGGCACAUUUUCGGUACGAAAGAGUCCCCGCCCAGGAGAAAAAGCAAAAGGUUAACAACUGA